AUGUCCUCCCUCACAGGGGUAAUUAGAGUGACAGGUUUUAUGAAAGGACUUUACACAGAUUUUGAGUUGAAAUCAGAGAACGUUAAGGAUAAAGAUGCCAAAAUCAGCUUCCUUCAGAAGGCAGUUGACACUGUUGUCAUGGUGACAGGAGAACCUCUGUCAGUGAAACCAGCACGUGUUGUGGCUGGACAUGAACCUGAAAAAACCAAUGAAUUCCUCCAAGCCAUUGGGAAGUGUUGCUUAAAGAAGCUGUCCAGUGAUGCGGCUGUGAAAAGGAUCUUAGCUGGGGAAAGACCUGAUCCUAAAGAGAAACCUCCACACUCUAAACCUCGAGAUAAAGAAAGCAGAGAGUCCAAACCAGAAGAACAAAGAAACCGUAGGCACAAAGAGGAUAGAGGAGACACUGUAAUUAAAGACAGAAGCUCAAGCAGAGACAGCAAGCCAAAAGGAGAGUUGAAAGAGAGUGGAGAAGGAGAAAGGGAUAAGGAGAAGGAUGUUGAAAACAGGCACGAAGAGCCUGGAAGAGACACCUCUAAGGAAGGAGAAAAACAAGAAAGGGAAAGAAACAAAAGCAGAACAACCAAGCACGGGAGAGAGACAGAACAAAACAAGGGAAAAGGAGACACAGAACAAGAAGAUGAUCUCGAGCGUGGAAGGAAAGGACAGGAGAGAGAGAGAAAAAAUGAAGGAGGAAGAGAAAAGGACAGGCUGAAAGGAAGAGACAAGGAUAAGGCUCGGGAGAAAGAGAGAGGAAAAGAGUGGGAAAAGGAUCGGCAGAGGCACAGGGAGGAAGAUGGGGAGCACUUCAGGGAGCAUGGGAAGGAGAAAGCAGAGAAGAAGUCUGCAGAUUCUGAGGAAUCCAUACUUAGAAAAACCCAGAGGGCAACCAAAGAGAGCAAGAACCAUCCAGAUGAUGAGAGUGAAAGCCCUGCAGGAAUAUCCAGGCAACCUUCAACAAAAGGAUCAAGGCAACGUGCCAAGCCUGGAGGAGAAGGGCUGAAGGAAACAAGGAGCGCAGCAGAGGAGGUGUCAGAGGACGGUGUUGCCAAACUGCAAGAGAAAGCUGAAGCAGCACUUGCAGCAAAACAGAAAGAAGGAGAAGCAGAGGAUGUGGCUCCUGAAAACCCUGCAGUACCUGAGGAUGGUGAAGUGCCUCCUGAUCUUCCACCUCAGCCCAUCCAAAGGCACAUUCCCCGUCCCAGCAGUGCCAGACCAGCACCACCCCGAGGCAAAAGGCAGGGCAGUGCAGAGCUCUUGCCUCCAGAAAGGAGUGGCAGUGGCAAAACAGUCUCCAACGUGAUCAUGGACCAGCAGGUUUCUGAGGAUGAGGAUGAGGAGUUUGUGGUGGAGGCAGCAGUGGUGCUGCCAGAAAUGCCAGAGAUGAAAAUGGAGCCAGAAGUGGAGCUGGUUGAGGAUGAAAAGCAUGGUGGGCUGGUACAGAGACUCCUAGAAACAAAGAAAGAUUAUGAAGCAUCACAGAAAUCUUCCAAGACAACAGAGAGGGAGAAGCCUUUUGUAUCUGAAGCAGAAAGGAAGAAAGAGAGAGACUUGGUAGCCAAAGAAAUUGAGAAGCUUCAGGUGUGUAUUCAGACCCUGUGCAGGAGUGCCCUUUCCCUGGGCAGGAUCAUGGAUUACCUUCAGGAAGACAUGGAUGCCAUGAAGAACGAGCUGCAGACGUGGAGGCAGGAGAACAGGCAACAUGCAGAAGCUCUGCAGAAAGAGCAGAGCAUCACAGACAGUGCUGUAGAACCAUUAAAAGCUGAACUGGCUGAACUGGAACAGCUGAUUAAAGACCAGCAAGACAAGAACUGUGCUGUAAAAGCCAAUACUUUAAAGAAUGAAGAGAAAAUCCGGAGGAUGAUCCUGAACAGAAACAUGUCUUCAAGGAGGUGA